CCUGAAAGAAGCUUUCUAACCCAAAAGGAGAAAUAUCACUAGAGAAGACGCGAACAAAGUACACUGAACAAGAGAGCGAUUCAUCUCGGCAAAAAAAAAAACAGAUUUUAAUAUUCUGAUUUCUGAGUUCUCAUCCCCAACUAGAUUGUGUGUUGUUUCUGGGAAGACAUCAAAUGGCAGUUUAUGACCAUAGUGGAGACAUUAACAGUACUCAACUCGAUACAUCGAGAAAAAGAAAAUCUAGAAGUAGACGAGACGGUACCACUGUGGCUGAGAGGCUUCAGGUAUGGAAACAGUACAACGAGAAUAACAUUGAAGAAGCUUCCCCCAAGAAGCGGAAAGUACCAGCGAAAGGAUCCAAGAAAGGUUGUAUGAAAGGAAAAGGAGGACCGGAGAAUGGUAAAUGUAGUUUCAGGGGAGUUAGGCAGAGGAUUUGGGGUAAAUGGGUUGCUGAGAUUAGAGAGCCGAACAGAGGUAGUAGGCUUUGGCUUGGGACUUUCCCUACGGCUGAAGAAGCUGCUUGUGCUUAUGACGAGGCGGCUAGGGUUAUGUAUGGUCCGUUGGCUCGGCUUAACUUCCCUCAGAAGAAUGUGUUGUCUGAUGUUAUGAGUAGUUCGAGUCAGUCUGAGGUGUGUACGGUUGGGACUUCAGGGCGUGUUGACGUGAAGACAGAGUAUGCGGAUUGUGAAUCUGAAGCUUGUCCGUUGGAGGUGGAGAAGGAUGUUAAGAUGGGUGAUGAUGAUUGGCUAAGCGAGUUUGAACAGAAGUAUUGGAAUGAAGUUUUGGAGGAGAAGGAGAAACAGAAGAAACAAGAAACUGCUGUGGAAACUUGCUGUCGGAAACAGCCGGAUUCACUUUCUGUUUCGGAUUACGGUUGGCCGGAGGAUUUGGAUCAGACACAGUGGGACUCUUCGGAGAUGUUUGAUGUUGCUGAGCUUUUAGGUGACUUGAACGGCGACAUCUUUACGGGCUCGGACCCGUGGGACAAUGAAACUGUUAAGCAGCAAACUAGUGGAGUUCAUUCUCUUCAAGGCCUUGAAUCUGGUUACGGAUUGCCUCCUCUUGAGACGGAGGCACAGGAUGGCAACGAGCUUUUUGAUCUGAGUUUCUUGGAUCUGCUGGAGUGAGAGAGUUGGAUACAUUUUGGAUUUUGUUAUUUUCCUUAAUCCUAUCAUGACUGCUGAGAGACUCUUGAAUUUUUUGUGACAUAGAGAAAAUCUCACAAGUCUGAGAAAAGGGAACUGUAUAUACUGAGAUGAAGUGUUCGUAUAAUAAGUUAAAUAACAUUGUAACAGAGAACACCGCUUCUCUUUCGUUCUGUCCCAUUCGUUCUGUCCCAGUUCAGUAGUCCUUAACUGUGUCUGAACUUGAUGGGCGUUAAUAUAUGUCAAUGGAUUGUAAUGGGCAUCUGCUGAUGAAUAAUGAGCUACGCGAUAAACUUGUUUUGACCUUGUGACCCGAAUUUCUUUUGUAAAAUAAAUGUUCGGAACAAACUAUU